UCAUCAAACCAACUCUCACACCAACGCCAAAUACCAAAUCAAAUCAUCAAAACUCUCAGAAUUCAUCAUCAAUCCGGUUCAAAAUCACUCCGGCCACGGCAAAACCAUCAAAUCCGGUUCAAAAUCAUGGGUAAAUCUUCAAGAAUUACCCUAUUUUCAUGCAUUUUCUUGAUAUUCUUCCUCGUACAAUCUUCAGCACAAGUAUGCCGAUCCUUAUCCUUCUCCAGCAACCAAAAUUUCGCAACAUGUAACGAUCUUCCGCAUCUAAACGCGUAUCUCUACUGGAAUUACGACCCCUCAACCAUGACGGCCGAAAUCGCCUUCCGAAGAACGGGAACCACGACCAACAACUGGGUGGCUUGGGGUCUCAAUCCGUCCGGUCCACAAAUGCUUGGAACGCAAGCAAUCUUAGCUUUCCAUGACUCUGCCGGUAGACCCACGGCUUAUCCAACCGCCAUCAACUCACUUGCUCCGGCGAUGCAGCGGGGGAAUUUGAGCUUCGCAGUCUCGAAUGUUAGAGCGGAGUAUUCGAACAAUGAGAUGAUUAUUUUUGCGAGUCUGCAGCUUGAUAAUAGUUUGGUUUCUACUACGCAAGUUUGGCAAGUUGGUACUAUGUCCGGAGCUAAUUUCAAUCAGCAUGCUAUGGAUACCGCUAAUAGAGCCUCUGUUGGGUCUAUUAAUUUCGCCACCGGGACCACCGUCGCCGGAAGCGCUCCGAGCAGCAGUAAAAAGAACGUUCAUGGUGUGCUAAAUGCAGUGAGCUGGGGAGUAUUAAUGCCAAUGGGAGUGAUGAUGGCCAGAUAUUUAAAGGUGUUCAAGGUGGCAAAUCCAGCGUGGUUUUAUGCACACGUGGCAUGCCAGUCAUCAGCAUAUAUUAUUGGUGUUGCUGGAUGGGGUACUGGUCUUAAACUCGGCAGUGACUCACCUGGUAUUAAGUAUAGCAAGCACAGAAACAUUGGAAUCACCCUAUUUUGCUUUGCUACCCUUCAGCUAUUUGCAUUGCUAUUGAGGCCAAAGCCAGAUCACAAAUACAGAUUAUACUGGAACAUGUACCACCACGCAAUCGGAUACGCAACCAUCAGUUUGAGCAUCGUCAAUGUCUACGAAGGACUCGACAUAUUGGACCCCGAAAAGAAAUGGAAACGUAUUUACACCGGCGUUAUCAUAUUCUUGGGUGCCUUGGCAGUUGUUUUAGAGGCGAUCACAUGGUUCAUCGUUAUUAAACGAAAGAAAACCGCUGCCUCCGAUAAACAUACCAACGGAACUAAUGGUUAUAAUGGCGUUUAGAUUAUGAAUGAUACUGUAAUUUAUCUUCUAUACUUUAGCUACACAUACCCGUCUUUGAGGUGGUGUUGAUUCUUUUUUAUUUUCGAGUAUUUAUACGGAGUUACUUAUGUAUUUUUUUGUAGAAAUUAGUUGUUUUGUGGUGAUUAGUAACAUUGUAAUAUACGAUAGAUAUUAUAUUGGAUUGCUUUACAUUUAUUA